GAGUGAACCGGAGCCUCGGCGCCGCGCUGUCGGGACCGGCUCUGUGUUUGGGUUCGCCCCGCCCCCCGCCUCUGCGGGCACUUGGUACAGUCCGCAGCGCGUCAGCCAUUGUUUACAAAUGAACUGAGAGAGCAGCGAGGACACCGAGCACCCACACAGCACCGACCCGCACCAACACAACGAAGGACCGGACGGAGGACAGCCGCCAUGCCGUGCCGGAAGCAGGACUACCUGCUGCUGGAGCAGUCGGUGACCGUGGACUCAGCGGAGGUGGACGCACUGGUGACGCGGAUCGGAGAGGCGCUGCAGCUGCACGGCUCCGCCCAAACGUCGGUGUCGGUGAGCCGUCUGCACGGCCUCGCCGGCGGCCCCGCGACCAAACCGGCGGCCGGCGGUGCAGGGGCUCCAGCGCAGGCGCGGACCGGCUGCUGCAUGCGGCUCCGGAGCCGCCGGGGGCCGCGGGCCGGCGGCAGGCCGAGCCCGUACGGCGUGCCCGGCUCCGGAGACUCGGACUGGGACCGGAUCCGCCCCUGGAACCGAAAGCGGCUCGGCGGGCCGGAGGACGACCCGCACCGGCUGCUACAGGAGCUGCUGCUCUCCGGGAACCUGAUCAAGGAGGCCGUGAGGCGGUUGCAGCUGUCCGCGGACUGCGGGGACUGAGCCCGGGCACCGGGCACGGACUCACACCUGAGCCGCUCACCGGAAACUCCGCUCGGACUUUUUCCAAUUUUUCCGUUUGGUCGCGAGGCCGGCAGCUAGCUCAGCUAUGCUAAUGAUGUUUAUGUUUGACUAGGGGAGGGAGGGGGGGUGCUCACCUUGAGGCCAGGUAAAGGUGAGGUUGCGGUGAGGCACACAUGUGGCUGCUCUCUGCUUCACGUGGACUCAGAGACAGGAAGUGAGCAGCUGGGUUUGUUUACAGUCUCAUGGUGGGGUUUUACCUGCACAGGUAGGGGGCCGGGGCUGCCCCUUGGGCCUGUGUGGGCUCAGGUGCUCUCACCUGUGGGAACUCCUAGCAGGACUUAUGUUGUUGUACUUUUUGUUGUGUGAAGAAUGCCUCUGCUCCGUACCGGAGUACCUGCCGUUCCUGAGUAUUCAGGCUUUUAUUGUCUUAAUAAACUCACCUGUUUUUUCA